CAUCUGUUUCCGGUUUAAAAAAUUGGCGGCACAUGCUAUUUAAAAGUUUAGAAUAGACCAAAAAAGUGAAAGUACUCGAAGGAUGUCCUCCUUUAUGGGCACACCCCAAUUCUCACACCAAGACUGGUUGGAAAAUGCAGCCAGACAGGUAGAUAAACAACUUCAGGAUGACAGAAGCUACCAAGAAUUGUCUGAUCAACUUAAAGUUCCAGUUCACAAUCAACCAAGCUUAAGUGGAUUAAAUGAGUUAGAUUACCCUAGCUUACCAGAAGCUGGAAUUUCCAUUGAGAACUUGUGUGAGAUUAGCAAUGUGAAAAGAGUACCCCUACCCCCGGAACUGGUAGAGCAGUUUGAACGAAUGCAAUGUAAUUGUAUGAUGGGAUUGUUUCCCACCAUUGAGAGAGCAUGGCUGACCAUUGAUAGUGAUAUUUUUGUGUGGAGAUAUGAAGAUGGCACAGACUUGGCAUACUUUGAUGGACUGAAUGAAACCAUACUCAGUGCUGCCCUAGUGAAACCAAAGCAAGGUAUUUUCCAGCCCCACAUCCAGUAUUUACUUUGUCUGGCCACUCCUGUGGACAUUGUCCUACUAGGGGUCAGUUUCUCUAAACCCUACCAUGAUGUUACAGCUGACAGUGGCAGUGGUGAAAUGCACCUCCUUCCAGAGCCUCUCUUCUCGAUCCCUACAGAUAAUACAUAUAUAGUUAGUAUUAAAGGGGCCCCCAACGGGAGAAUCUUUAUGGCAGGAAAAGAUGGCUGUUUGUAUGAACUGGCUUAUCAGGCUGAUGAUGGCUGGUUCAGUAGAAAGUGCAGAAAGAUUAAUCAUUCAACCAGUACCUUGUCCUUCCUUGUUCCAUCUUUUCUCAACUUUUCCUUCAGCGAGGAUGAUCCUUUGUUGCAACUGAGUUUGGAUGACUCCAGAAACAUCCUCUAUGCCUGCACUGAGAAAGGGACAAUUCAGGUAUAUGACUUGGGACAAGAUGGAAAGAGCAUGGGUAGAGUGGCUUCUAUACCACUAAAUAAUGUGGUUCACAGUGCCUCCCUCAUCGCCAGAACUGUUGAGAGAUCAAAUUUCAAGCCAAUUGUCCAUAUCAGUGCCUUGACAAAAUCUGAGUCAACAAAUAUUCACCUGGUGGCUGUCACAAAAACUGGUGUUAGACUGUAUUUUACUACCAACCCAUUUGGUAAUAACAAAGGACGACCCAGCAUGCUGACCCUUGUCCAUGUUCGACUUCCUCCAGGGUUUUCUGCCUCCACUGUUGUUCACAAACCACAAAAUGUUCACAUGGCUUAUCACAAGAAAGGAACUUUGUUACUGGUUGCCUCCCAGUCGGAGGACAGUGAUUUACUGUGGACAAUUAGUAACGACUCAUUCCCAUUCCAAGGGCAGCUCAUGGAGGCUCAUAGUACUAUUCCAAUAGAUGGUCGUACCUGGGCUAUGUGUGAGGUGACCUCAGGAGAGACCAAUGUUACUGUUGACAAACCAGAUCCUCCAUCAGUGGUCACUCAACACUCAGAAACCCCCAGACAGUUUGUACUUCUGAGUGCCCAGGGGAGUCACAUAUUCUCAAAGAUGAGGCCUGUAGAUCAGCUAAGACAAUUGUUAAUUGAUUGUCAGGGACCUGAUGCUGAAGAGGUCAAAGCAUUCUUUAGAUUACAUAAGAUCGAGCAGGCCUGUUCAACCUGUCUUAUCUUAGCUUGUUCAAGAAUCGCAGCAGAUCAGCAGGUUGCUACCUGGGCUACCAUGGCCUUCUUUAUGUAUGGUGGGGAGCCUCAACUUCAUUUUACUGGUACUCCGAUGGGCACCGAUGGCAGGAUGAUGCCGAGCAACCUGGGAGCUAUGGGUCUACAUCAGACGUCCACACCAGCUCCAGGAAUGGGUCACCCAUAUUUCCACCCAGCGAUGACUCCAGGACCAAACAUCACACAGGAGAUAGCAUUCUCAGGCAAACACAAUGGAAUCUGUCUGUACUUGGCCAGAAUCCUCAGGUCAAUAUGGGAAAAUAAUGUCACCAUGGAUUAUCCCUGCCAAUCAUCACAGGGAGUCACAAAUUAUCUGACAAGCAGAAUAAAUGGUGAUGAUUUGAACCAAAUUUUGGAGAAUGUCAGGGGGCUUUCAGACUUUGUGGAGUUCAACUCCAGGUUUGAUACUGGACCCUCAGAGGGGAUGAUGUCACAGGUGCCAUUUUCUCCACACAUGAUGGGACACAUUGAUGAGCAAGGACGCAAAAAGUUACAAGCUGAGGCUCAAAAGAUGGAGAAGGUGUCUCUACAACAUAUACAUGAUCUGAUCCGCCGUGUGGAGGAAGUUCUAGGAUUGUGGAGAAUCCUGGUGGAUCAUCAGCUCCACAUUAUUGUAUCCACUCUGUCUAAGGAUCAACAAAAUUUGCUGAGGAAUAUGAGUUUCAAACAAUUAUCCACCCAUGCAACAGGAAAAGAGAUGUGUGGAGCUUUAAUAACCUGCCUUAUUAAUCGUUACCUUGAUGACAAUGCUACGAUUGAUGCUAUCAGUAGCAGGCUUCGUGAAGUGUGUCCAUCUCUCUAUAGCUCGGAUGAUGCCACCUGUUCAAAGGCUAAUGAGCUCUUACAAGCUGCCAAAAUCAAUAAAAAUCAAAACGAAAAGAUGACACAGCUGAAUGAGGCAUUGAAACUAUACAAAGAGGUGUCCCAACCCCUUCAGCUUCCUGUGGUCUGUACCCAGUUUGCUUUGGUCCACUACUACACAGGUAUUGUUGACCUCUGUCUGACUCUAGCAAAGAAAAGGGACCCUCAGAAUCUCGCCCUCCAUUUCUACAGGAGUGGGGAGCCUCAAGAGGAUAUCCAGGGAAUGACAGCUUAUAUGACAAGGAUGGAAUGCUACAAUUGUAUCACAGACACUCUGGCCUAUCUCCUUUCUGCCAGUGUCUCCCACCCUCACGCUCCCAGUGUUCCAAAGUCCCCAGGCCCACCCCCUCAACCAGAUCCCAACAGGAUGACCACACAUGAUGCAGAAAAACAUAAAGAAGAAGUUUUCCGCAUGUCACUCAAAUCUGACGACGAGUUGUUUCAUGUGGCUCUGUAUGAUUGGUUUUUCAAUGCCAACCUCACAGAAAAAUUAUUAGAGGUGCAAACACCAUUCAUAGAGCCAUAUUUAAAAAGGAAAGCCACCUGCUCAUCAGAAGCAAUAGGAGCUCUUGAUAUGUUAUGGAAGUAUUAUGAGAAAUGCAGGAACUUUUCUGCUGCAGCCAGAAUUUUAUCAAGGCUGGCAGAGAGACUAGGGACUGAUGUGAACCUACAACAGAGGAUAGAGUACUUGUCCCGAGCCAUCAUGUGUGCCAAGAGUUCCUCCACCAGGACCAGCUCUGCAGUGGAGGGAGAGUUCCUGCAUGAACUAGAAGAGAAAAUGGAGGUGGCUCGCCUACAACUCCAGGUUCAGAGGGCUCUAAGUAAACUCCCCAGUAAUAUUCUAGAUGUCCAGUAUGCACUCACUAGUCUAGAUUCAGAACUCAUGGACCUAACCAGGUUGUAUGAGGACUUUGCAGACAGAUUCGACCUCUCAGAAUGCAAACUUGCUAUUGUCCAUUGUGCAGGAUUGUAUGAUGGGGCUCUCAUUGAGAACCUCUGGCAGAACAUUAUAGAUAAAGAAAUUGAAGCAACGACAAAUAUGAACCCCAGCCUAAGAACAACAAAUCUUCAGAACAAAUUAUUACCGAUUGGCAGACUGUACAUAAAGUCAGACAGAUACUUUCCCAUAGCUUUCCUUGUAAAGCACUUGGAGCAGAGGAGUUGUGAUCUUGAUUUAAACACUAGAUGGGUUUUUCUCCUAAUGUUGGACAUUGGUGUGCCUCCUUCCAAGCUGCUGGAAAUUUAUGACAGACUCUUCAAAUCUAGGGAUCCAUAUUGGCAGCAGGUUCAGAAGCCAUUACGACUACUGGAGGUUCUGCAUGAUUUAUUAUCACACAUUUGUGAAAAUCGAGCCAUCAUUCCAGCUUAUGAAAGGCGAUCAUUUACGACCAUGUGUUUGGAUUUUGUUUCCAACUACCUGGUGGAACUUCAGACCAUGAGGAGCACCCCACAACAAGCCGCUGUUGUCAGCCACUUCAAACGUCUUCAGGCCCAGCUAGAGAGAUUCUAACAUCAAAUAUCUACAUAGAAACUUCUUUUUUUAUUAUACAGGUAUCAAACAUUAUUAUUUAAAUUGACAAUUUAAAGAUUGGAUAAAGCAGAAAUGUACUUGUAAAUGACCAAAUGAAAUUGAAUUGUCAAUUUGACCAUUAAUUGUCGUACACGAGAGUGUGAGAGAAACAAAUGUAAUGGUAAGGAUUGUUGGUAUAUGUAUGUAUGGGUUUCAUGUUAUUUAAGGAGUUGGAAUGUGUGUGUUGUUGUAACACAUGUUGUUUAACGUCAUCAUCAUAAAGAUGAAAGAAUGUUACUCUUUGAGAUAUUAAAAACAAAUUAUUGUAAGAAUUGUUUAAAGAAAAUAGAACUGUCAAACUGUCAUUGUGAAAAGAUGUGAA